UUAAAUUUAUCGAUACUUUGUUCAGUGUUGCCAAAGUGACUUAAUCCAGUGUUGGAAAUGGCCUGACGUACCCCAACAGCAAUUGCAAGCCCAAAUCGCGAAUUAAACGAAAAUGAUGGACGAGCAACUAAUUGACGAGGUGGCCCAGCACGGGGUCAUCUACAACCGGCAGAAAUACUAUCUGAACAACGGGGCCAAUGGAGGAAAGUACGAGACGAAGGACGAGGCUUGGCAGCUGAUUGCUAUGAAGCUGCGGACGGACGUGGACACGUGCAAGAAGCGGUGGAAGUACCUGCGAGAGCGCUACGUGUCGCAGCGAAAGCAGGGCGAUCCGCCCGUCUACGAGCAUCUAUCACGCCCGUACCUGGAGAAGAUGAAGUUCCUAGACCAGCACAUACAACCCCGCAAGUCCUAUCGCCACGUGCCGAACUUCCUAACAUCCCCGCAGUCAGCGAAUAGCUCUAGUUACAGCGAGUACCAGGUGGACAAGUCAAAUGGCUCCAUAAAGAAUAUGGGCCAGUUCGGGAACUCGGGCCAAAGUCACCACUACCAUCAACCGGACCAGCAACAUGCCAUGAAUGCGCUGAGUACAGCGGCCAGCUCGGCGCUGGAAAACGUCAACGGGCAAGUGAAGAUCGAAGCGGACCAAGUCUUCAGAGAAUUUGCGGCGGCCGUGGCAUCACAGCAGCUUCAGCAAAUCUCACAGUCACAAAUGCAGCAACAGGCUGCAGCCGUGGCUGCUGUUAUGGCGGACUCGUCGCAGGGCUACCAAGAGCAGUACAAGGAUGGGUCCAUGGGCAUUUCGGGGGCCCAAAACAGUGCCGGAAGCCUUACAUCCACCUCGUCGUCGAUGAAAUCCCCUCUGUCGUCGCCGUUGCAAGUGAUUGGUGCUGGCAACCAUCAUUCACAGCAGCAGCAACAACAGCAACAGCAGCCACAGCAACAGUCACCGGCAUCUGGACAACAGCUGCCAGUGGUACAUUCCUCUUCCAGUGCCGCCGGCAGUUCCAUUAGCACUAGUUCCAACCUACAAAUGCAGCAGUCACAUGCCUACAACCCCAAGGCUAGCGAUGAUUUGGAUUCGUCAACAUCCAGCAAUUUCCACAUGAAGAAACCCCGUGUGCAGUUAAAUAGCAAUGGCCACAAUCCGAUGACCAGCAAUGGGGGAAGUGGCUCCCACUUUGGCAACGAUUCGGAUGACGAUUCCGACGACAACAGCCAUGAUCUGAUGGAGCCGCAGGGUAUGAUGGCCCAUGAGAAUCACUAUGGCAACUCGUUAGGCAUGCAGCGCUCUGGUGGAAAUGGAAAUCCAAACAGCAACAACAGCGGGAGUGCCAAUAACAGCGGCAGCAAUCACCAACAACAGCAGCAGCAACAACAGCAGCAGCAGCAACAGCACCAGAACAUGUUUCCCUCGAACACGGACUUCCUCUUCCAGUUGUAUCAGCAGUUUCCCCACCAGGCCAGUGGCUCGCAUCCAUCGAACUUCGGCAAAUUCCAGACGCCGCCCAGUCAUCCGGGAAUGCAGCGAUUAUCGGAGCACUUAUUGGGCGAACUCGUUACCACCGAGUUGCUCAAGAUGAACAAGGAGCGCAAGAAAAGUGCACAAAAGCGAAUCCUAGAGAUACUCUUCUUUGAUGAUUAAAAGCCUAGCUAUUAA